AUGAAGCAAUAUACAAAUCCAUCAAAAGUAAGCGAUAGCAAUCGUACAUCAACAUCAAAAAAUAAAAAAGAUAACUCUGAAAAAGAAUGGAAUACUGCUAUCUUCUCUACUAAAAAUCCAUUGUCCAUUGUCCGUGGCUUUUUGUUCGUGCACAUUUGCGUCGAAUCAAUUGCGAUGAAGCAAUCUACGAAUUCAUCAAAAACGAGCAAUAGUAAUCGUACAUCAACAUCAAAAAAGGAUAAUUCUGAAAAAAAAUUGAAUGAAUUUAGUAGAGAACUUGAAGUUAAUUCAGAAAAUGAAAUGUUAAAAGUGGAAUUAGCAGAUGUACAGAAACAGUUGGUAAACAUGCAGGAACAAUUAGCAGCUGCUGUUUCUGCAAAUAAAUUACUCCAAGAACAGUUGCAACAACCGUCAAAAUCGGCUUCUCCACAAGAAUUGGCGGACGUACAAAAACAAUUAGUAGACAUGCAGAAAAACUUAGCAGCUGCUAUUUCUGCAAAUAAUUCAUUGCAACAGCAGCAACCAUCAACCUCGGCUUCUUCGGAAGAAUCAUUAAAAGAACAACCUCCGACAAAAUCAGUUUCUACGAAUUCGACUCCGGAGCAAUCGGCUCCAUCUCAGCCAACUCUAAUACAACCGGCGCCAUCGCAGGCAGUUCAAUCAACUGAUUUUAGUAGAGAACUUGAAGUUAAUUCAGAAAAUGAAAUAGCAGAUGUACAGAAACAAUUGUUGCAACAAUCGUCAAAAUCGGCUUCUCCACAAGAAUUGGCGGACGUACGAAAACAAUUAGUAGACAUGCAGAAAAACUUAGCAGCUGCUGUUUCUGCAAAUAAUUCAUUGCAACAGCAGCAACCAUCAACCUCGGCUUCUUCAGAAGAAUCAUUAAAAGAACAGCCUCCGACAAAAUCAGUUUCUACGAAUUCGACUCCGGAGCAAUCGGCUCCAUCUCAGCCAACUCUAAUACAACCAGCGCCAUCGCAGCCAGCUCAAUCAACUGUAAAACAAAAACAGCAACAUUACUAUUAA